UAUUAAACUUCCAAGCAUUAUCUAUAACCGCUUAUCCUUUGCAGGGUCGCAUUGGGCUGCAGCCGACUUGCAAAAUUAAAUUAAUAUUCAUUAAAUUCAUACCAAGUUCAGACAUCAACUUUGAAGUUCAAAACACAGCUGCAUGUGAAUGUAGUCGGCACAUGUUAGAUCAGGCUUAUCACUUCCCGUCUGCUCCACAAAGUGCACCACAAUGUCUCUUCCUUUUUGAGUCUGUUUCCCCCUACGCUCUCUGUUCACACAGUCGUUCUGUUUGGGUGUCCGCGAGAGCCUAAGUUCAAGCCCCAUGAUGCUUUGCAGUGCACUUCCUAGACUUGUAUGUAGAUGAUAUUGAGGUCACAGGAUCAGAAGGAAAACAAUAAAUUACAAAGCAAUAACACAUUUGAGUUUGUGCAAUUCUGUAAAAUAUUGGCACUGUUUUGGUGUUGCCACAGGGAUGAGGCCUAUAUCUCUAGUGCACCAUUAUGUGUUUGACUGACGGACUGUUACUUUUACUGCAGCACAGGACACUUCUCUUAGGGAUAUUUAGAUAAACUCAAACAAUCUAUGUCAAUCACAGUACUCUGCAUGUUACUGCAGUGAUGCACAAAUACUGAAAAUAUCACUCUAUAAGUCUUGACCUAUUCAAAAUCAGUUCUGCUGCAUUUGCUACAAUUUAACCAUCUGUCUGCAGAUUUGAGGUUUGAGGUUGAAUAUUCCCAUGUGGCUACCAAGUGGCUAUAAUGCAGUACAACUACUAUGUGCUCUACUAAGCUCUUCAACCUUAAUCACGAGUGGAUAAUUUUCCUUUAAGUCUACAAUAAGAAAUGAAUGAAGAGAACAUAAACAGCCACAAACACACAUGCUGGGUAUUAAAUAAAGUUGGGGUGGAGGUUAAAAUGUUUGAAUUGAGUGCAACAGUUAUUUUCUGUUAUGUUGUACAGGUCUAAUUUGAAUUGACCUAUUUAUUAUUGAUGAUUUCAUUAUUAUUUAUUCUAUUGUGUGUGUGUAAUUAAUUUAAUGACUGCCCUUUAAUCUCCAUCAGCUGAUAAUUAGUCACCUGAGCCAGAGCUGCUGCUGGAGCUGCUCCUGCCAACAUGUGUAACCAGGCAACACCAAACAAACAUACAGCUUGGUGUUCUACAACACUGCUGAGACUGUUCACCAGUGGUGCUUUCAAUUUAGCAUCAAAUCUGCUUAAAUCAGCUUUUUAUUCUUGUACCUGUAAUUUAAUUGUAAUAAUAAUAAUAAUAAUAAUAAUAACAAUAAUAAUAAUGAGCGAGGUUUUAGUGUCAAGACCACACUAUGACAGCAGAACUGUGACUCAGGGGAUCCCGGAGAAAGCGCCUCCUGUGGAGGUCCCGCAGCCGUCCGCAGGCUCAGCCACAGCGGGGUAUCGCUCCGCUAAAUACACCCCGGCUGAGUGGUUCUCCAACUACCACACCAUCCUGCAGCAGGCCGGUACGGACCGCCACGGAGCCCGGAGCAUCCAGCGAGAGUCCAAGACUCUGUUCCAGCACACCGAGGCGGCCACUUUGAAGGCCCAGUCCGACGGAACACGUCUUCUGGGAGAGAGACUACAAGAGAUCCACUACUGGAAGUCGGAGCUCCAGCGGCACAUCGACCAGCUGCUGGCCGACACGGACUCACUGCGGGCGCUGAAGACGCGGCUGGAGAAGGCGCUGGACGCCACCGAGACUCCAUUUGCCAUUGCCACUGAUAAUCUGAACUGCAGGGCCAGAAGACUGGGACCAGACCUUGUCAGAGACACUGUGGAGGAGGAGCUGUUAAAGGAAGUGGACUUGAUCAGGAGCGUCCAGGCUCUUCUGAAGAGAACUACAGCUCAGGUUGUCAGUCAGAUCAAGAUGAACAGAGAGGCCAAGCAGACGUUAGAGUCAGACUGGUCUGAUAAGUACCAGGCCUACAACUUUGAUGACCACAGUGGAAGAUACAAUAACAUGAGCCCAGAUACACAGCACCACCCCAGCUCAGCCACCAUGCAGGACCAGGUGUGUAACUGCACAUCGUGGACAAGGUUUACACAGGACAACCUGUCCAAAGCCUUGCAGGAAGAACAGACCACCAACAGCCUCAGAGUGCUGGUGGAGCGAGUGCUGCAGGACACCACUGAGGAUCUGAGAGUCCAGUGCUCCAUUGUGGACCGAGCCUUCAGUCAGCGCUGUGUGGAGCUGAUAGAGGCCAAGACCCAGCUGGAGAUGAAGCUGGCACAGAUCUUGGAGCAGAUUGGGGCCCAGGAGAAGAACAUUGUGGCUCUACAGCAGGCCAUCCACAACAAAGAGGCUCCACUGAGAGUAGCUCAGUCCAGACUUUACCUCCGCUCGCUCAGACCCAACAUGGAGCUCUGCAGAGAUGAACCUCAGCUCAGUUUGGAAGGGGAGGUGAGGCAGAUCGAUGCCACUCUGGCGUCUCUGCUCCAACAGCUGAGUGAGGCCAGAGGCUCCCUGUCCCACCUGGAGGAGUCACGUGUUACCAUUGAGAAGGACAUAAACUGUAAAACCCACUCACUAUUCAUCGAGAGAGACAAGUGCAUGACGCACCGUAAACGAUACCCAACGAUCUCCACACUGUCAGGAUACUGAAGACGACGACGAGUGUUUCUGUGGAAUUAGGUUUGAUUUUGCUAUUUUUCUGGAUUGUUUUGUCUCUUUGUUGUGCAGUGUUGUAUGGACCAAUGAGAUCAAAAGAUUAAAAACUGACAGCCACUGAUAACGUGGGGCAGCUGUGGUUUAGGAUGUAGCGCAGGUUGUCCACUGAUCACAGGGUUGGCGGUUUUGGUUCCCACCUCCUCCUCCUAUCCACAUGACUAAGUGUCCUUGAGCAAGACGCUGAACCCCACAUUGCUCCCGAUGGUUGGCCGGCACCCUGCGCAGUAGCUCAGUGCCAUCGGUGUGUGAGAGUGUGUGAAUGAGUGGCGAAAACCUUGUAAAGCUCUUUAUGUAAUACAAAAACAAUUCUGCUCUGUUGCUUCAAUGCUUACUGAUCUCUGUAUACACUGGUUCUGAUAAAUUUCUUUAUUCAUUCACUUCUGCAAAAGGUUGGAAAAAUGAGAGAUAUCCAGAACCUCUUACAAAGAGUGUGUUACAUCAGUUGUUAAACCAACACUACAAGCAAUCAAUAAUUGUAUAAAGAUAUAAAGCAAAGUGGAAUAAAAGCAAUGAAUAUAUGUACAACAUACAGCUUACAUACAUAUCUGGUAAUUAUAGAACAAAUAGUCACAGGAAAUUCCAACCUGGUAUUUAAUCAGACAAUAUAAAGGUUGGCCCACAGUUGUACUUGAAUAUGUGCUGGUCAGCAGUUAACUGAAAUUAUAUAUACAAACAGACAAACAGGAUAUUUUGCAGACAAUAAUUAUGGGACGAAUGUGACCUUAAAAUACAAAGUUUAACCAAAAAUCAUGCACACUGCUCAAUUUGUUUUGGCUCUGUCAUAUUUGAUUACGUUUUAAUUACAAUCUUCUGCUGCAACGUCUUGAUUGUCCUAAAUCUAAAAAAAAAAAGAAAUGAAAAACGCAACAUUUCACAAAACACAACAACAUUUCACAGUUUUGUUGUCUUUAUUGUUUUUGAAUGGACCCCCAGAAGACUAGUGACCACUUUGUGGAAGGGAUCCUACGGUGGCCCUGAGGGUCAAAACACAACAACAUUUCACAAAACAAAAUUACACAAAAACAUUUCAGAAAACAACCAAAUUUCACAUAACACAUUUCACAAAACACAGAAACAUUUCACAAAAUACAAGACAUUUCAGAUUACGGAAAGGGAGGGACAACACUACUUGUUAUUGGACAGAAGCCAAGUCUCUGUCGACAGUUCAGUUUGUUUAGUCUAGCUUACAACUCUCAGAAGUUUUUUAAACUCAAAUCUUAAACUGAGUUUGAAAAGAUGGAAGAAGAGAUGAUUAACAUAAGAGAAUACUUGAACAAAGGACAAAUGAUGUAGCCUAAUUCUUGAUAUGCUUUCAAAAUAUCAUGACAUUAAAAAUGUCCCGUGGGAUCUAGAAGCACGGUUGAAAGAAAUUAAGAAAAUUAAGACUGAGGAGACAGAGCAGGUUAGCCUACUCUUUAACAUCAGGCUAUCAGCAAACACGGACCUGACACGGACAGAUAUUUGGAUAUAGAACUGGCUGACUUUAAAACAGAAACAUGGCCUCUGUGUUACAGGGUUUUUGUUUUUAUUUAACCAAUGCUUAGAUACAAUUUCUGAAACUAUGGCUCAUUUUGUCAAAACUUAACACACAAAACCCAAAGACACAAACACACUUCUGGAAAAAGCAAGCACUUCAUCCAAAACUAUUUUAACUCUUGUAAAAAUGGUAUUUUUGAUUCAAAACUCUACACACAAAUAUCAAAUGAAUAGCUCUUUCUACACACCAACUACAUACUGAUGGACACAUACAUGAAUUUUCACAAAUAUAAUAUAUGCAAAUUCAGUAUAUAUGCACAGUAAAAUACAAAUAAAAAGGGGAAUGUUUUUUA